UUGACCGAGAUCGAGGAUCAAUACGGGAUUUUGUGUGCACAAGGUAGGCGUAGUAUGGCACUGCAUGUACUUGUAUGAAUCAUGCACGCACCGGCACCGUGUUCGUACGAUCGUGUACGUGUGACUUGCCGAGUGACAAAAUGGUGGAUAACUGAGGGAUACUUCGGCUGAUUUUCCCCCCCAAUUCUCCGCGAUUUAUACUCCAGGAUGUCAUCUGAAACGUAGUGUGGACACCCUGGAUCGUCCUCUUCACUCUGGUGGGUCUUCUAGGUGUGUUUCUUCGGCGUGGAUUUUGUUUUAAUUUGACCAUGUCGACAGUCGUCCGGAAUGGCUAGGUUCCGAGCGGGGAUCUGUAGGGGACGGAUUGUCAACGCAACUAGCGGGACAAUAUUGCAACACCGGCCGGGUGGGUGGACUACUCUGAACUCGCCGGUCGCUACUCGAUCUUGUCAAAUCAUUGCCACAGAUCGGCGGGGAUUUCCGCCACAUCAUCUCUGACAUCUGCGAUCUUUGUUUCCAACGAGGUUUUGGACUACCCCAGCCGGUUUGUAUACCGGUCGAGGGGGUAGUGAUUUUUAGCAGUUCACCAUGGCGCGUGUUUAUAUGAUUAUGGGAACAGUCGUUUACAGGACACACCACACAUGGCUGUCGCGACUGUUCCUACUGUGUGUGACUGUUUUUAUGGUCUGGACCGUGCUUAUUUCGCUGCAUUUAAAAAGUGUUUUUGAAGUCCCAGUCGACUCAGGUCCUUUACAGCAGCAUCCAGACAUCCUGGGCAUACUAAGGGAUGUCAGGCGGUCCGGCAGGACGGCGAGAGGGGCGGACGAAACCUCGCAAGACGACAGAACGUGUCUUUAUAGAAGAGGUAAAACAUCAAUAGAAAAUGGCGGCACGAGUAAAGCAGCAGUAUGCCCGGAACCUCACUUUGCCAGCCCCGAAGACAAGGUGCAACUUAAUUUCACAGGUGUCGGUCAAAACGAAGUUGACCGCGAGAUCUUCAUCAAUCGAACUUUUGCCAAAAUCCGGCGUCUCAACAAAGAGGCGCAGAGGGACGUAGACGAGACGCGACGCAACGUCCUGUCAGACGUCUCCCGGCGGGGCCGGACGUGUUUACGAGGGUCCGUAGACUUAGACGAUUAUAUAUACACACCCGGGGGUCACUGGAAACCGAGGCAUUGUGCGCCGCGUUGGAAGGUAGCGGUGGUGGUUCCGUUUCGGGAUCGCUUCACACAGCUUCCUCUCUUCCUGCGUCAUCUAGUGCCUUUUAUGAAGAAACAGCUCCUAGAGUUUGGUAUUUAUAUCAUAGAGCAGAGUAAUGAUGAAGCAUUCAACAAGGCUUUCCUAAUGAACGUAGGGUUUUUAGAGUCGCUGCGAUUCCAGGACUGGGACUGUGUCGUCCACCACGACGUGGAUCACAUUCCGCUCAGCUAUGCAAACUACUACGGCUGUGGGGAGAUGCCGCGCCACUUCAUGUCGGGAGAGGACACCUGGGAUUACAAAAUUCUGUACCCGGACAUUUUCGGCCAAGUCUUUGGGGUGACGCGCAAGCAGAUGGAAGUGAUCAACGGUUUCCCCAACGUCUACUGGGGCUGGGGCGUGGAGGACGACGCCAUCUAUAGCCGCAUCCUUCUCCACGGCUACAACCGGACCCGGCCGGAGGGGGAGGUGGGCUACUACGACACCAUACGCCGAGACCACAAGCAGUCCGAUAGUAAUAAAGUUAGGCAUUGUCUACUAAGGCAUGGCCGUGAGCGUGUGGACAGCGAUGGACUGUAUAAUAUAUGGUACCCCGUGCCCAGGGUAACCUUAGAACCACUCUACGUCAACGUCUCCGUUGACAUAAGGCCUCUGGCCUGGAACUCCACAUGGACGUCAUGUAAGAAUAACGCCCUGUCCAACACCAUCGGCUCCUUGGACUUCUUCUUCAACACGUUCCUGGGCUUUAGGCACGUCUUCAAGAAGGCGUAAACGUUUUUCUGGGAGUUAUAAUCUCUCGGGCGCGUCAUCUUAAAACUCGUCUGUGUACAUGUUUUGGCAGUGAGCGUAAAACGGCAGUAGAUGUUUUUGAGUCCAUUGCCGACACGACGCGGAGGAAUAUAAUAAUUGGCGUCGUGGACGAUGUUUCCAAUGUGGUGCUGAUGAUGUCUUUAACGUUUUUAAAGUGACUUCUCAUCGUUCCAGCGGUGGCCCUUCGGUGACCCCUCCCCCAACUCCCUCGAAGUGGUUGGAGUGGCCUCUGUUCCAGCAAAACGUGGAGUGCGUUUUUAACAGGACCGCCAGAACAAAAUGCCGGCCAAAUUUCGGGACCACCCCUUGCAUCCCUGAGGCAGCAUAAAUACAAUAUUUACUACUUAGCCCGAGACCUGUCACUCAUCUGAGCACAUCUUCAUACCGAGUCCUUACCCAUAAUGCCCAGCUGUACAGUUUGAUCCACGGUGGCGUCGAUCAUGUCUCUCCCCCCCCCCACACCCCACUCCACCUCCCCCCGACCUUGUAUCGUCAUGUGAGUGGAUCCAACUCGAGAUCAGCUUCUCGCAACGUCUGUGUCCAUUCGCGUCAUUUCGUCGAUCAAGCAUCUCAUCAAGCAUCACUCCACCAAAGACAGCAAAAUUUGCAAGGAUAAUUUGUGGUAACCAUAUUUUAAGGCUUGUACAGUAAUAGUCCAUGAAUUUUUAUGUACGUGUAAACACUGGUGAUGUAGUUUAACGUUUUGAUAAAGAGGGACCCAAAAACUGCUGCAUAUAUGGCAGUAAAUUUGGCAACGGCAAAACGCCUGACUUCAACACGGCAUUUAAAAUACUGAAAAUCAAAAUUGAUUUCAACACCGACUUGGUGGUACGAAAGUCCCCAGCACUUGUGAACACUGUCUUGAAGAUAUCAAUCAAACUUAAGCAAACAAUGAAAUUGUUCUAAUCAUUUCUUCCAAAAUUUUUGAUCUGGAAAUUGGAAAUAAGCCGUAAUGGCUCAGAGGGGAACUAAUCCUGGAAUUUGGAGGAAUAAAAUCUCCUCUUCGUAAAAGUGCAUAAAAAAAGGACUAUGGCAUCUUUGUCUUGUACAUAUAUACAUGUAAUCACAAGUAAAAGUUUGGAGCGACUUGGUAAAUAUUUUUCUCCAGCAUCAUUUCCGAACACGUGUAAAUUUGUUGAUUUACGGCUGCCGCGACUGAGACCAAAACAAAAAAAAGGCUGCCACAUGGUUUCUGAAUUCCGUCUUAAGAUUUACUACCGAAAUGCCCCGAACUCUCGCCGUACUAUAAAAAAACACCGAGAUUUCGGAUGAUAUAAUCAGUAGGGAAAGGCCAGGUUGUCCGAGCUGGUGAACCGAUGACACUGUUUAUAUAUUUCAUGUUUUGUGAAUUUUUUGGCGAAUCUGUGCAGACGAUUCAAGGCAAACCGGGUGUCAAUAGUGAGCAGUAUUCAAGUCCUGCCUUCACGAUCAUCUACUGUGAUGAUUUACUCAGAAUUUGUGGUUAUUCAGUACAUAUGACGCUUUUGCUAGAAGCUGGUGGCGUAAAUACAAGUCUUAAAUGCAGCCAUCAUUUCCUUGUCUGCUUAUAUACAUGUACAGGGUGAGU